AUGGAUGCAAACAUCCCUGAUCACAGUCUUAAUAUCCACACUGUCUCCGCGCAAAUCGAGCAGAACCCUGCCUUUGGCCCCGCCCAAAUAAGAGAACUGACGGGGACAUUUGUGCAGAAGUCAAUUGAGGUAUACUCGCUCACGCAAUACUGGCACUUGCAUAUCGGAACACACGGAGAACCUGCACGGAUAGACGUAGUGGACGGAUUGUCCAAAAUGACUCUGGAUGUCAUAGGGCUUGCUGGAUUCGACUACAACUUCAAUUCCUUGAGCCCCGACGGCAAAGAAAAUGAACUGAACGAAGCCUUCAAUACGAUAUUUGGAUCCGGAACUAACGGCGCAUCUCUACUCAAGUUUUGCAGACUGCUAUUUUCCCCCUUAGUAGCCGUCAACAAGGCGCGCAAGAUCAUGCGCAGAAUCGGCAUGCACCUCGUUCGUCAAAAGAAAGACGACAUUCUAAUGAACCCUGGGCUCAACAAGCACAGUGGACUCGGUCAACGUGACCUACUCACCCUCCUCAUCAAGGGCAACAUGGACCCGAACAUUCCGGAGAGUCAGAGGCUAUCUGACGAGGUUAUCCUGGCGCGUAAGUCGACUUUUCUGGUUGCAGGUCAUGAGACCACGAGCAACGCAGUGGCCUGGGCCCUGUACGCACUCAGCAUCGAGCACAGCAUGCAGACGAAGCUACGCGAAGAGUGUCUCACUCUGUCUACCGACGAUCCGUCUAUGGAUGAACUCACCAAGCUUCCGUACCUCGAAGCCGUCGUUCGCGAAACACUCCGUCUCCAUCCUCCCCUCAACAACACCUCGAGAGAAGCGACGAACGAUGAUAUCAUACCGCUCAGUAAACCUUACAUCGACGUACGCGGGAACGUUCACGAUCAUGUGAAAAUUGAUAAGGGAACCAUGAUACAGAUCCCAAUACUGGCCGUUAAUCGUUCGAAGGUCAUAUGGGGAGAGGAUGCACUGGAAUUCAGACCAGAGCGUUGGGACAAUGUGCCUGAGGCGGCUCAGAAAGUUCCCGGAACGUGGGGGAACAUGAUGACCUUCCUUGGAGGCCCAAGAGCCUGCAUAGGCUAUCGGUUCUCUCUCGUGGAGAUGAAAGCGCUGAUCUUCACGCUCAUUCGGGCGUUCGAAUUCGAGCUGGCCGUUCCCCAAGAGGACGUGGUGAGGCAGAACGCAGCCGUCCAGCGGCCGAUCCUUCGCAACGCGAUGGACAAGGGUAGCCAGCUUCCGAUGCUUGUGAGACCUUACCAGAAGACGUGA